GAUCUCGUAUACAAACAGCGUAACGACGGAGGAGGACGUUGUUUGCGGCUAGCUGCAGCGGAGCUAUUUGGAGCUGCUGCUGGCGCGUGGGGAGCUAGGGGAUGGCUAACACUGGUUCAGCGAGACCCGCGAGGGUGCUGCAACUGCAGCGGAACGGGUGCUGGGACUCGAAACUCUUCAAACUGAAAACUGGUUUUACUCUGCGAUUCACCCUCGCUCCGUGUCUGUAUGCCAAGCAUGUGGUACUCAAGACAGACUACCCAGCACCAGGGACGCUAUACAAGAGAAACUCCCUGUGUACCCUCCCGUGGAACUACUCCACCAAAGAGCCACGCUGGGACCCAGACAGGUUCGUCGAGUUGGAGCUGGAUCUCGCCGGACCGUACCGGUUCGUCUACGAGACCGGAAACACGGCGAGUCUCGAGGACGGCGUGCAGGGAAGCGGAUAUUUUGUAGUCGAUCCCGAGCUAAGCUACUGCCCCGAUGGCCUAGCCUGCCAGACCUACGUCACGAAGCUUCUCGGACCGCUAUCUGAAUGGAAACAGCGACUGCGGACUGCUGUCGAGUGCGGGUACAAUAUGGUCCACCUCACACCCAUCCAACAACUGGGGAGCUCUCGUUCGGCCUACUCCAUAUCUAACCAGCUCAGAAUCGACUCCUCCUACCUCACUCCCGGCUACUCUAGCUGGGAGAAGACGGUCAGCUACAGAAACAGCGAGGGGAAAUCGAAAGAGCUCAAAGUCGAUCAGAGCUACGUCGAGGUCCGGCAGAUUGUCAAAGACAUGCACAAAAACUGGGGUCUGCUUGCGAUGGUGGACGUAGUUUGGAACCACACGUCGUUCGACACGCCCUGGCUCCUACAGCACCCCGAGGCUGGCUACAACCUCGUAAACUCGCCUCACCUCCGCCCGGCGUACGCACUCGACGUCGCGCUCGUCAAUUUCUCUUGCGAGAUUGCCGACGGGAAAUGGAUCAACCAGGGGAUCGCCCCCGAGAUCACACAGGAGGGGCACAUCCAUAACAUCUGUUUCCAACUCCUCAAUCACGUUCUGCCACGAGAGAGGCUCUGGGAGUAUUUCUGCGUCGAUGUCGAUGCGGUCGUGAGCGAGUUUCGAUCGACCGUCUACCGCCUGAACGGCGGGCAGCACCUGCGUCCCGAGGGUCGCUGGCUGGAGGUGACACAGGACAAACAGUACCGGAGACUCGGAGUGGGUGUGGACAUUGAUCUGACCCUCGAACUCUUCAACAUAGAGUGGCCUGGAGCGAUGUGUUUCGAGGAGAGGAUCGAGCGAUGCUGUGCCGACCUUCGCGGGGAGCUGACGGCCAUCAACCGCCGGGCAGAGGAGCACGUGAGGUCCCAGCUGCAGAAGGCCGUGAACAACGCGGCCGCCCACAUCAGAUACGAGUUUCUGGAGUCUCACGGUCCGCAGAGAAGAACCGUCACUCAUGAUCAUCCGCUGGUCCCGCGUUAUUUCACGGUGCUGGGAGGAAGGCAGGACCUGCGUGGUGCAGAGCUGGAGUCGACACGAGGAGAGUACGUCCUCGCUCACAACGGCUGGGUCAUGAACGCCGACCCUCUCGUCAACUUUGCUAAUGAAGGAAGCCAGGUAUACUUCCAGAGGGAGCUGAUAGUGUGGGGAGACUCUGUAAAGCUGAGGUACGGAGACAGUCCGGCCGACUCUCCAUGGCUCUGGGACCACAUGAAGAAAUAUACACAGGCGAUGGCGUGGAUCUUCGACGGGUUCCGACUGGACAAUUGCCACAACACGCCAGUGGGCGUGGCCGAGGCGCUCCUGGACUCCGCCCGGGAGGUGAACCCCCAGUUGUACCUGGUGGCCGAACUGUUCACCAGCUCCGAGGAAAAAGACAACUACUUCGUCAAUAGACUCGGAAUUAACUCUCUCAUUAGAGAGGCUCUGAGUGCCCACAAUGCCAGAGAAGAGGGGAGACUGGUCUACAAGUAUGGCGGAGACCCAGUUGCCAGCUUCCUUCCCCACCCAACACAGACGGUCCUCAAACCCUCGGUGGCCCACGCCAUGUUCAUGGACGCCACUCACGACAACGACCCUGGGCUCAUCGGACAGAGGAGCGUGUACGACAUUCUGCCAAACUCGGCUCUAGUCGGGAUUGCCUCGUGUGCCAGCGGCUCCUGUGCCGGCUACGAUCAACUGGUCCCUCACAUGAUAGGAGUGGUAAAGGAAACGAGGCAGUACCCCAAGUGGACAGGGAGUGGCGGGAAGGAAGGAGAGGUGGGUCUGGAUUCUGGGAUAAUGGCCGCUCAACUGGAGCUCAACAAACUGCACAAGUCGCUGGCCGACGAGGGCUUCAAUCAGGUGUAUGUGGACCAAGUGACGGAGGAGAUAGUAGCCGUGACGCGCCACUCCCCCUCCACUCACCAGUCAGUCAUCCUCAUGGCCCACACGGCCUUCUCCCCCCCACAAUCCUGGGCCGUCCCCACCGUAUCUCGCCCCGACACCAAUUUCACCCACGUUCCUCCGCUCACCGUCCCCGGGCGGGUCUCCGAGAUUGUUCUAGAAGCACGGCUACUGAAGAAGGACGGCGAGGGCGAAGGGGCGGAGUUUCAAAAGUCGGAGAGAGUGAUAAAUGGGAUGGUUGACCACGCAGUUGACAUGAGGAAGAACAUCUCGCUGGGCGAGUCUCGGAUGUGUCGCCUGGCGGGGGAGGAGGGAGGGAGCACCCAGGAGGUCGUGUUUACUGACUUCUGUCCCGGCAGCAUCAUCGUCUUCAGGGUGUCUCUUGUUCCGUCCACCUGCAAGGCCAUCUGUCUCCUCCGCUCCUUCCUCGACCGAGAAACCACGGCCCAGGUGGGCACUAAAUGGAGACAGGAGCUCGCCGCUGCAGUCGGGGACCUAGACCUACUGGACCUGAACUACGCACUCUACCGCUGCGACCAGGAAGAACGCGACGACGGACAUGGGGGCGGAGCCUACGUUGUACCCGGAGCGGGCGCCUUUGUCUACUGCGGAUUGGAGGGGAUCAUGUCGAUGAUGAAGGCUGUCAGGGAUAAUAACGACCUGGGACAUCCCCUCUGUGAUAAUCUCCGCUCUGGGGACUGGCUGGCUGGGUACAGUGUCAAUAGACUUCGUCUCAGGGCUGGCACUAAGAAGCUGGCGGAGUUGCUGGAGUGUGUGUUCUCAGAGCUGUCCAAGAUCCCUCGCUACCUCAUUCCCUGCUACUUUGAGGCCAUCGUGUCUCACCUGCACUACCUCCUGAGGACUCGGGCUGUCAACCGCAUGAGCAGUUUCGUGCGUGAUGGGCCCUCCACGGUCCAAGCCCUGGCUCUGGGUUCGGUCCAGCUCUACGGAGACUGCCACUCGGCCCACCUCCCCCCCUCCCUCCCCGACGAGGAGCCGCGUGCCAGCUUGGCCGCAGGUCUCCCUCAUUUCAGCACUGGGUUCAUGAGGUGCUGGGGUCGCGACACGUUCAUCGCCCUGCGAGGUCUCUUUCUCGUCACCGGCAGGUUCAGGGAGGCCCUGGACCACAUCUUGUCAUUUGCUGCCUGCGUGCGUCACGGUCUCAUUCCCAAUCUCCUGAGCGGCGGAACCAAUCCUCGCUACAACUGUCGCGACGCUCCGUGGUGGUGGCUCCAGAGUCUCCAGGACUACUGGAAGAUGGCCCCCGACGGGAAGAAUGUUCUCCAGCUGGAGGUGAGGAAGAUAUUCCAGUCAAACGAAAGCCAGGCAGACUUUGGGAGCCAGCAGGUCGUGGUCCUCGCCGAGGUCGUCCAGGAUAUUCUACAGAGACACGCCCGGGGCAUCGCCUUCAGGGAGAGAGGGGCGGGGCCAAACUUGGACCGCGACAUGACUCCGCCCGGGUUCAACGUGGAGGUGGGCGUGGACGAAGGGACGGGGUUCGUGUACGGAGGCAGCGUCCAUAACUGUGGGACGUGGAUGGACAAGGUUGGGGAGUCCACCUGGGCAGGAAAUAAGGGGGCCCCUGCCACUCCGAGAAAUGGGUCGGCGGUAGAGCUAGUGGGUCUCUCCUACUCGGCCAUACAGUGGCUCCACCAACUCUCUCAGCUGGGACAGUUCCCUUACUCUCGGGUCAACCUACCUUCAGACGACCCCCACAGCAGGAGAACACUGACCUACUCCAAAUGGGCGUCACUCAUCAAAGAAAGCUUCGAGCACCAUUUCUGGGUCCCGCUGGACAGAAACUUGGCCAGUCAGAAGGAGGGCACGCAGGCCAGCUACCUCCAUCGCACCGGAAUGUACAAGGACUGCGUGGGCUCUACCCAGCGCUACGCCAACUACCAGUUGAGGCCGAAUUUCCCCAUCGCGAUGGUCGUCGCUCCGGAGCUGUUCUCGCCGGAGAAUGCCUGGACGGCACUGCAGACGGCAGAGGAGUUGUUGCUGGGACCGCUGGGAAUGAGGACCCUCGACCCCGGGGACUAUGUGUACAACGGCUACUACAUUAACUCGGUGGACUCUGGGAACUACAACACUGCCAAAGGUUUCAACUACCACCAAGGCCCCGAGUGGCUGUGGGUGGUGGGAUACUUCCUCCGCGCACGGCUCCAGUUUGCCCACCGAAAUGGAGUCAAAGUCGCGGAUAACCUCUCCCUCAUUCACUCGGUCCUCAGCACCCACGCCCAGGCGCUCCAGGACUCCCCGUGGAAGGGACUCCCCGAACUCACCAACAAGGACGGGACAGAGUGCGUGGAUAGCUGUCCCGUGCAGGCCUGGUCCAUGGCCACCAUUCUAGACGUUCUUCAUGAUCUCAAGCAGUAUAGCUGA